AUGCAAGAUAAAUUAGACGGAUACUAUGCGAAUAUACUUUCAAAUGCUGGGAAAGACGAGGAUACGACUGACGAUUACGACAAGACCAGUGAUGAAGAAAAUCUAGAGGAGAUACUGGCGGAACUAGAUAAAGAACUGGACGAUGAUCAUGAAUUUAUGAGUGCGUAUAGAUCGGAGAGACUACAAGAAAUAUCGGAUCACUUAAAACAAGUAAAGAAAAAUGUUCAAGACGAUGGAUAUGGUGAACUACAAUAUAUUGACAAUGAAGCCGAUGCUAUUAACAUAUGUACAAAAACUAACAUGGUUGUAAUACAUUUUGAAUUAGAGUCAUUCGGGAAGUGCCAGUACAUGAAUGAGAAACUGGAAAUCUUGGCUAGGAAACAUCUAACUACAAGAUUUAUUAAAGUAAAUGUUGGAACGUGUCCUUUUCUAGUCAAUAAACUAAAUGUUAAAGUACUGCCGUUUGUACUAGGUUAUAAAAAUGGUCUGGAAAAAGUCCGUUAUGUUGGCUUUAGCAGAUUAGGUAACGAUCCAAACGGAUUUGAUAUUAAAAGACUGGAAGAGUCUCUGACGCUUUCAGGAGUUAUUGAAGAUGAAUUCAAAACCAAGAAUCGAUCAUUUGGUAAUGCGAAAUCUUUUACUUCCAGAAGUGAUAGUGAUAGCGACAGUGGUUUAGAUAUUUAG